AUGGCCGGGCUGGCGGCGGCGCAGCAGGGAGGGCCCGCACGGGCUCGCCCGCCUCUUCCGGCGCGACAGCCAUGGCGGAGCCGGCGGGGCCCUUCCACCGGUUGCAGGCCGGGUCGUGCCGGUACCUGUGCUACUGCGGGCCCGGCGGCAGCGUCUACGGUGCCAGCCGGAGGAGCACGGCGCGAAGCUCAGGUGCGUGCGGCAGAGCGGGGGGACCGGCCCCGGCUCCGGGCCCCGCUGACCCCGGAUCGUCCGGGCAGGGAGGCCCUGGGGCGCGGCGCGGGCUCGUUGAGCCCGGGGGAGGCCCCGGGCACGCUACGGCUGCAGGGGGACGCUCCGUGCUCGGCCCUGGAUCUCCGGCCGCUGCCCGCCGGGGAGGCGAGGAGCCAGCUGCGGGCGCUGCUGUUCGGCAUGGCGGGGCGCAUCGAGAGCCUGGAGAGACGCCUCAGCGUGGUGGAGACACUGGCAUCUUCCUGCAGCCCUAAGAAGAAUACAGCCCAGAACCAGCAGCAGUUCCUGCCAGGUAAGCAGUUGCCAGGGGGCACCUCCCCUGGUCCUGCUGUUUGUCUUCUCUUCCCUAGGAGGCUGUUGUUUCUGUGUCCAUGUGCUCUCCAGGACACUUUGAGCCCCCUUGACUGUGGCUUGUUCUGGCACAGAAGAGGCCAGGGGUCAGCAUGGUGUCUUGUGGGUGUCUGGGAUGUGCUGUGCUCAGACCCCAAGCCUUGGAAGAACAGGGGUGCUGGCUCUGAUUUGCCAGCCAGGAGGAAGAUCCCAGGGGAGUCUCUCAUUAAUCCUGGCUUUAAAAGCAAGAAGGCACCGUCUGGAGUAGACUUUGAGGACUCCUGACCUGUGCUGCCCUACCAGAGCCUGGCCAACUGCGGCUCUGGCAGGUGAAGGUUUCAGUUGCACCUGGGAAGACGGAUGGACCAGCAGGACCCAGAGGGCUGGCUUUUUUCCCCUGCAGGUCUUCCCUGCUGGCAGGGGCCACCUCCCCACCUCACUUGCCAUGAAUUUGUGGGGUUUUUAACGAAUUUUUAUAUAGCCAUAUAACUAAAAGAUUGCCUGUGCUUAACUUAUUGCCAGUAAAGAUGUUUAGCCAGCUGGUCUCUGGGGACCAGGACAACA